AUGGCCAGGCAGUGGGUUUUGAACGGCCAAGAAGGGUUCGAGACAUCGCUCGAGUAUCAACAGGGUGUCAACAUACCCUCGGUACAUGACUUGAAACCCAACGAAGUUCUGGUCAAGAUGUAUGCUGCCAGCUUGAACUACCGCGAGCUGGUCAUAGCCGGUCCAAUGGGCAUCAACGGCCCGAUAACUCCGCCGAUUGUACCCGGCUGCGAUGGGGCUGGCCUGGUAGAGGCUGUUGGACCUUCAGUUCGCGAGUUCAGUCCAGGAGACCGGGUCGUGACGUACAUCGCCCCCAAACUCGUCGAAGCACACGGGGACGAUGCCCACGCUGGAGUUGCAGAGGCAGUUGCCAGCAUGGGGCAAGGAAGCGAUGGCACAUUACGAUCCUGGGCUGUGUUUCCGGAGGCAGGCCUAGUUCAUUCGCCGAGAACGUUGGACUGGUUGUCGGCGGCCACCUUACCCUGUACUUGGCUAACGGCUUGGAACGCUCUCUUCGGUCUGAACGGCAAGCAAGCGGGACCGGACUCAUGGGUGCUUGUCCAAGGUACAGGCGGUGUCAGCAUAGCAGCAUUGCAGCUCGCGGUCGCCGCUGGGGCAACAGUCGUCGCCACUACAUCCACGGUCGAGAAAGCCGAUCGCCUCAAGGCGCUAGGUGCGGCCCAUGUGGUCAAUUAUCGCAAUAAUCCAGAAUCUUGGGGCAAAGAAGCACGACUCCUUACCCCAGCUGAGAGGGGCUUUGACUUCGUCGUCGACGUCGGUGGUAAUGAGACGUUUCCGCACUCCUUGGCCGCUAUACGAGUUGACGGGGUGGUCUUAGCGGUCGGGCAAGUCGGCGACAGCACAGCAGAGCCAGUACCUAUAUUUGCCGCCCUGAUACAUAACUGUAUUAUCCGUGGCAUUCUAGCCGGCUCCUGCAACCAGUUUAAGGAAUUGGUGCGGUUUAUCGAUGAGAAGAAGCUCGUGCCUGCGAUGGAUGACGUGAUUUUCGAGCUUGCCCAGGCAAAGGAUGCGUAUAGGCGACUGAAAGAGAGGAAACAUUUCGCCAAGGUUAUGAUUCGGAUUGAUCAUCCACUUUGA